UAUAAAUAUUUAUACAUCAAAAUCCAAAAAUUUUAAAAUGUUUGCCAUACGCCGGACACUUAAAAUGGUCAGUCGAUCUCAAGCAAAAUUGCUGCCCGUCGCUUUCAAAGCAAACUUCUCUGCCAGCGCCGUAAUGACCGAAAAGAUAUGCGCCGGACCCGUGGUUGAUGUGCUUGGAGAUGAGAUGACCCGCAUUCUUUGGGAUUCCAUCAAGGAGAAGCUUAUUCUACCCUACCUGGACAUUGAGUUGCACACAUUCGAUUUGGGCAUCGAGAACCGUGACCAGACCGAUGAUCAGGUGACCAUCGAUUGUGCCGAGGCCAUCAAGAAGUACAAUGUGGGCGUCAAGUGUGCCACAAUUACGCCUGAUGAGAAGCGUGUCGAGGAGUUCAACCUGAAGAAGAUGUGGAAGUCGCCCAAUGGCACCAUACGCAAUAUUCUCGGCGGCACUGUGUUCCGUGAAGCAAUCAUUUGCAAGAAUGUGCCACGUUUGGUUACCGGCUGGAAGAAUCCUAUUGUCAUUGGCCGUCACGCCCAUGGCGAUCAGUACAGGGCUGUUGACUUUAAAGUGCCCGGUCCAGGCAAGCUGACGCUGACCUGGACGGGCAAUGAUGGUGAGGUCAUUGAGGAGGUCGUCAAUGACUUUGAGGGACCUGGUAUUGCUCUCGGCAUGUUCAACACAGACGCUUCUAUUGUGGACUUUGCCAACGCUUCCUUCAAGUACGCCUUGGACCGCAAGAUGCCACUGUAUUUGAGCACCAAGAACACAGUUCUAAAGAAGUACGAUGGACGCUUUAAGGAUAUCUUUGCUGAUCUGUACGAGAAGACCUACAAGGCGGACUACGAGGCUAAUAAAAUCUGGUAUGAGCAUAGGUUAAUCGAUGAUAUGGUCGCCUAUUGCAUGAAAUCCGAAGGUGGUUUCGUUUGGACUUGUAAGAACUAUGAUGGCGAUGUUCAUUCCGAUUCCGUUGCCCAAGGCUUUGGCUCUCUGGGCAUGAUGACAUCCGUGCUGAUGUGUCCCGAUGGCAAGACCGUUGAGUCGGAGACUGCCCACGGCACGGUCACCCGUCACUAUCGUUUUUAUAAGGAGGGCAAGGAGACCUCCACCAAUCCCAUUGCUUCGAUCUUUGCCUGGACACGUGGUCUGCUCCAUCGCGCCAAGCUGGACGACAAUGAGCCCCUGAAGAACUUUGCCGAGACACUUGAACAGGUAUGCAUUGACACCAUCGAGUGCGGUAUCAUGACCAAGGAUCUGGCCAUUUGCAUCAAGGGUGGCAUCAGUGCUGUCAAACGCGAGGACUACCAGGAGACCUUUGAGUUUAUGGAAUCGCUAUCCAAUAAUCUGCAGACUGCUCUGGAAACUGGCAACAAGAAGACACAGUGAUAUUCCAAAUCUAGCAAACACAUUUUUUAUUUAUUUAUCCAUAUUGCCAUUCUUCACUCAUAUGCGAUCUGAAUUUUCGUGUUCAUUUGGACCUACAGUUUCAGCUAUGUAAAUCCAUCAGAAUUAUUGAAAUAAAAUUAUUUUAAUGUCAA